GGUAACACCUCUUUUCUCAGUACAAGAUUGUCUCUAGAGAUUAUCUUUUUUAAACUACUAAUAAGAUCAAAUAGAGUAUGGGUUGAAGCAAGCAAGAUGAAGAAAGUUACCAUUGGAUGAUCCAAAUAUAGGUUGUGCUUAUUGGCAUGGAGGUUAGGGGUGGCAAUCGGGUCGGGUCGGACAUAAACGGGUCGGGUCAGAUGCAGGUCAGUUCAAAAAAUCAUAAAUCUGAACCCGAUCUGUUUAUUUAAACAGGUCAGAAAUUACAACCUGAACCUGUCAUGUUUAAUAAAUAGAUAACCCGAUCCGACUCGUUUAACCUGUUUAAUAAAUAGAUAAUCUGUUUGCCUAACUCGAUCCGACCUGUUUGACCCGUUUAACCUGUUUAAUAAACUGGUAAUCUGUUUGCCCAAUCCGACCCGUAUAGGUAAAUCUCUCCUCCCCUUUCUUCCUCUUAACUAUAUAUUAUAAUCUUGCUGACGUUUACCAUUCCGUGUCUAAUAAAUAUUAAAUAAUAACAUGACUUCUCCCAUCCCCAUUUGCCUCCUCCCACCCUUCGUCUCCCACCAACCUCUGGCACCCUGCUCCCUCUAUGAAGCCUCCCUCGCUCUAGGGAUUGAAGCAAUAGUGGAAGUCAUCGAUGAAGAACCAGCGGCAAAAACAACCUGCACGUCCUUCCAUGCUCUCUUCUUCCAGCUCCCAACUCUUUCGAUGUCUCUCAAACUUCCUUGUCUUUGGCCUUGGUCUGGCUCCUUGUCACUCUCUUCGGCCGGAUGCCGAGUCUGCCGACGGGGAGGAGUGAGAAGUGAGAACCCAAGCCCAAGGACGGCGUCGCGGCAAACGGGCAAAGGGCGGAACUCGAAAGAACUAAGAAACAGGAAGCCAGAAGGAAGAACCGAAGUCCGAAGAAGAAGAGGAAGGAAGAAUGCCGCUCUCGCUCUGGUCCUCACUCCUCUGUCCUCUAGACGACUAGACCCAUGGACGGCUGGACUCUAGUUACUAUAGCAGAACGGCGGAUGGAGAAGACGUGCUAUGCUUAUGGUCCUAUGGGCUAUUCGGCUAUGGACGGCAGGAGGAUAGUUACAGUCUCACAGAGGCUAUGGACGGCAGGAGGACAGUCACAGUCUCAUAGAGGCUAUGGACGGCAGGAGGACGGUCAUAGUCUCACAAAGGCCAUGGACUUAUGUCGCCUCAAGCUUUACCUUUUCAAACACGCAAAUGGGUGUCAUUAAUAUUUAAUCAAAACUAUUGCAAAUAGGGAAUUGCGAGAAGACGUGUCAGGUGAUGAGACUUGACAGCACUCAAUGUCGAGUUCGGGAAGUCCUCAGACAUGCUGAGCUGCGUCGUUUUAAAGAAUAUUUACUCAUGUCAAAUCGAUAAACAGUCUAGUAUGAUAAGUCAUAGACAUCUUAUCGUUGGCGAGCGUGUUUAGAGCUCCGAGUAGGCAGUAGGAGGGGGCUUUUUUUGGACUUGGGCCGGCUCUAAACAGGUUGAACGGAUCAAUCUGUUUACGACCCGAACUUGUUUAGACCAAACCCGAACCGGUUUAUGGUGGGUCGAACACGAGUCGGGUUGGCGGGUUGGGUCAUAUUUUGUCACCCCCAAUGGAGGUGCUCAUAGUUGGAUUGUCCAUAGUGUGCAAACCUAGAAAAUAGUGGUUGACUUAUAAGAUCAGAACGUUAGGCCAGAGAUAGUGCCCCAUUGUAUGCGUUGUAUAUAGUUCUAGGUGUCUCAUUACCAUUUUAACGUGUUUUUAGUUUUGUAUAUGUUUAAUUGGAGUGUGUUCUGGACUCUGAUAAUCUCCUGACUCAUAUGCAAGAAAUUCUUUCUUAGCAGAUAUAGUUUUAUCUGUGGUAUGCUUGAGUCUGUCAGUAAAAAUUGAAAAAUGGUUUCCAUGGGACACAUACCAAAGGACAAGAGUAUGAUACCAUAUUUUUUGUUUUUUUAUCAGUUCUAUGCAUAUUGUAUCCGGAUAUAACUUUUUUUAUCAGGCUUCACACAAUUUACAUCAUGCUGUUACAUGUUUUGAGUUUCAUGUCCAUGAAAACAGACGGCAUGAUAUAUAGGCUUGAUAAUGAUGCAUUAAGAUGAUAGGAUGCAUCAAGAUGUCCAACUUUAUACAUUGAUGUGCUUGUGAUCUGCAUUGAGGUGAGAAAAGUAUGAUGGUGGAUGUAGAAGUUGCAUGUGGCAACAAAUCUUUUGUAAUAUUUGUUUGACCCAAAAUAAGUACUUAAUUAGUCGAAGACUAUGAAAGAGUUGUGUGUAACAUCUGCAGUUCUGUAAUGUCUUAAGUGGACUGCUUGCUUGUGGUCAAGCAACUCUUUGAAGAUAUGGAAUUUGUCUUAGGGUUUUCCUUGUCAUGAUAUCGAGAAAAUUUAAAGAAUAGAGUGUUGACCUUCUUUUUAAAGUAAAAUCAUAGGAUAACCAUCAAGUCUGUCUGAAUAAAGGUUCAAAAACUUGGUUUUGGUUUCAGACAGAUGAAAUGAGUAUUAAUUUUGUCAGAGCCGUUUUGAUAGUAAUAUACCCUAAGAACAAAGAGUAAAAACAGGGAACAAAAUUAAAACUAAUCUAAAAUGAGGAAACAUAAUAUAAAAACAUAUUAGGGACCUUUGGAUGAAUUUUUUCAGUUGUUUAGCUUUGAAACACCCAAGAACUUUCUGUCCUCAGAAGACAAAACACUCAGAGUCAUGUUGAAAUCGUUAUACAUCAUCGACAAUUUAACCUAUGGAAUAGGUCUAUGAAUUGUGAGCAAUCGAUUCUACAUCAGAAAUUUUAAUUUUUAGUUCUUCCAAAUGUUCUACUAACAUAAACUCUAGUUUGGUCUAGUUUUGGAACAUUUAAAGCAAUGAAGAAUUGCUAUUAAUUAGAAUGAGCAACCUACAAAUGUAUUAAAUGUGGCUUUAUAAGUUAUUUUCAGCCACAAGCAAAAGCCCCAUUUAUAGACUGGGAUAGGGCUGAGUUUUGGAAGGAGCUUCAAACCAUGUUCUCAACUAUUUGAAGUAAUACUGUGAGAUUCAGGCAUAGCCUUUUGCAAAGCAUGUUGUCGGUUUUAGUGUACUAUUUGUUGGCAACUGUCAGCAUGUUUUUAAGAGCAAUGUGAAAUGUCUCCUUUUUAUCAUCUUAAAGGCUUUGCAUUAUAUAAAUGGGUGUCAAUUGUCUGUGUGUGUCCUUGAGAAAUUGCAAGUUGCCUGGUGGCAACUUCUCUUAAAGGCAGAUUUUCUCAAUAUAUGCUAUAGACUGGCCCAAAUAAGUGGCUUUCUUAAGAGUGUAACACUUGAUUUGCUGCUGGAAGAUCCUUUGGUUCUGCAAAUUGAUACACUUCUUUCUUGCGAUUAUGUGUUUCUGGACAUCACAUUGUGUUCAUGAGUGUCAUGCUAUUAUUUCUUGAAGUUUUGGAAGAUUGUGUUCUCAAAAAAUGGAUGCUUUCAAGAGCAUUCUGUGGUUCCAUUAUAUUACUCCUUGGUUCUGCUUUCCUUUUCCUAUUGUCUUCUGGAAAUGAUUGUUCUGGUGCACUGAAACUCCAGAAAGAAAGGGAAAAGGCCAAGAAGGAGAGGAGGAAAGAAAAGAAAAGGGAGAAGAAAGAGAAGAGGGAGAAAGCUGGUCAAGAGAACACUGAAUGCCAAGUACAUAACCACAAGAAGAGGAAGCACGAGGGAAAGAGCCGGCUGGAUCAGAACGAUGGCUACAAUGCAAAAGCAACAACUGCUGCUAAUUCUGUUGAGCAGUUGGAGAAGAGCGGGCUUACAGAAGAGCAUGAGCAGCCAUGUUCCGUUCGGAAUACCUAUGACUCCUCCGAGAGCUCCCAGGACAGCAGUAAGAGGAGAAAGCUUGUGGCCACCAAUGUCAGCCAAGCUCGCCAUGGUUCGAUCCUUCGCAUCAGGUUACCGCCGGUUAAGCAAAAAGAUCCAACACCUGCAAGCAUGCCAAUUGUGAAACAAAAAGAUCCAACACCACCUGCAAGCAUGCCAAUUGUGAAACAAAAAGAUCCAACACCACCUGCAAGCAUGCGAAUUGUGAAACAGAAAGAUCCAGUGCCACGUGCCACCAUGCCAACAGUGAAACGGGAUCUAAAGCCACCUGCCACUGUUCCAACAUUGAAUCUAACAGAUUUAGCACUUACCAGAACCAGCGAAGAGCCAUGCUUCUCGGGCAGGGUUAUGGAAACUGCCUUUGAAUUGGAAGCAGUGGAAACUCGUGAUAGCAAGGCUGCCUUAAAAAGGAAUAGCAGGAUUCAAAGAAUGGAAACGCAGUUCAGAGAACUUAUGGCAAACUGGAACCCUCCACCUUUGCAGCUCGAGCAUUCAGAUAUGGGCAACCAAGACUGGUUGUUUGGGUCUCUGUCCUCAAAGAGACGGUCCGGUCCUGAUGCCAACAGGUGCAAAGCCAGCACAGAAGGCUUGUUGAGCCAUGUAACCGGUGUGCCGUCUUCUCUGCAGCCUCAAGCUUGUUAUCUGUCUGAGUUUGGUAUGUAUCAACUUCCAUAUGUGAUUCCAUAUUGAACUUGUGGUUGAGAAACGAGCUUGUUGAUCUAAAGCCAUCCGCCACCAUGCCAACAUUGAACCAAAUAGAUUUAUAGUUUACCACCAGCAGCAAGGAGCCAUGCUUCUCGGGCAUGGUUAUGGAAACUGCCCCUGAAUUGGAAACAUCAGAAACUCCUUAUGAAAGGAAUAGCAGGAUUCAUGAAAUGAGAAGGCAAUUCAUAGAAUUUAUAGCAAACUGGAACCCUCCAUCUUUGCUGCUCGAGCAUUCAGAUAUUGGUAACCAAGACUGGUUGUUCGGGUCUUCAAAGUGAUGCUCCAGUCCUUAUGCCAAGAGGUGCAAAGCCAGCACGGAAGGCUUGUGGAGUCAUGGAAGCGGUGUGCCAUCUUCUCUUGGCCUCAAUUUUGUCAUCUGCCUGGGUUUGUAUAUUGUAUCAUCUACUUUCCGUGAUUCCAUGUUGUAGUUGAGAAACAUGCUUGCUGUAUGAGAGCAUUUUAUAUAAAUACAAGAGGUGAGGCUGGGAAAGGAAGCAAUUUUUCUUCCGCAUUUUUUUUUUCCAAUGGUGCAGUUGAGAGCAAUUUGUAUUUAGGGUUUAAGUUGGGCAGCAUAUGAAUAAUAUCUAAUUCGUGCGAUA